AUGAAUGUGUUUCCUCCACGUAAUAAUAAUAACAAGCACAACAAAAACACUAAUAAUGGUGAUCCUGACGCAAUGUCCUCGGCGUUCGUCGUCGGUAACGGCAACAAUAACAGCAACGGGGUAAGCUCGAGCAGCGGUAGCAGUCCACGGGAUGCCGCAAGCGCCAACGAACUGCUGAAGUUGGCGUUGAAAAAACCAAAAGCUUGGAAAUGGGAACUGACGACUUCCAGCUCGUCGCCCAGCAUCUGCUUUCCGAAGAUCCAACUGUUCGACAGCCGAACGGGACAGCUGAUGGUCGAGGUCGAUCGACCGGACUGUGUGGUGAAGAGUGAAGAGCUGAUGAAUGGCGUUGGCAAUGAAAGUUCGGAGCGUUCGAGGAGUUCGCAGGAACGCAAGGGUCGUGAUCAGCGCUAUCGUCGCUCCCAAAGUAUGGGUAUUCGAGAGAAAAUCACCACUUCGGGCGAGUAUUUGAGUGAUGUGUUCGAGCAGCUUCAGAACAAGGGACUUGGUCACAAGCUAGCGACCAGUGUUCUACAAUACCGGGCCGAGGAAGCCGAAAGCCAAGACCCCACGCCACUUCAGAAGAGCAAAUCAGUGAGUGAAAUCCGUAGAAGUACUUCUUCCUCGGAACAGUUGUCGGCCAAAAAGAAAGUGCUUAAAUCGGCUUCCAGCCGAUCUAGUUCCAUCCUCGGACGAAUCAGUGAACUGUACAGAAGUUCAACCGAAGAAGAACCGACUCCCGUCGUUCCUCCCACUACCGUUCCUCCUCCACCAACGAUACCGGAAAUCAACGUCCCCGAAGAACCUCCCGUACCGGCGGACGACGGGACACCCCCAGAAUCCAAAGCCAAAAUCUACAAACUAGUCCGAAGCAAUGCCGGUACGUUGAUGGUUCGGGAGGAAAGUUUCCACACGCAGCGUAGCCUGCGGCGACGCCGCCAACAGCAGCUGGAAGCUGCGGAGCAGCAAGCCAUCAUGCAGGACACCAUUCCGGAGUCCUGUUACGAUCGGAAAAUCAACGAAAUCGACGCACUAAUCUCGAAAGUUAUGCUUUCGCACACGCUGCCAAACGAUGGCGAAGUUAAAGACCUUCGAACAGAACCGAACCGAAGGCGUUCGAUGCAGAACGGAGGAGCGGACCAUCAUCAUCACCAUCAGCAGCCGAAGAAGCGUCGUUCGCGACGAAGUGCCAGUGCGGGUAGUACUGCCAGUGGUUACGGUAGUGGCCGAACGGCCGACGGCCGAACCAUCGACCAGAACCAACAGAAGAGAUAUUCAUCCUCUUCGGAGGAAGAUUCGCUGCUGCAAGCAGCGGAGUCCCGGUUUGGGUCGCUAAAGCGACGAGGAAGGGCGAAACAGCGGAAGAAUGCGGCAGCAGCCGGAGAGGACAUGACACAGGAAAUGAACGACCGCUUUGGGGCCUAUUUUGGGCUAGAGGUGUGCGCCGGUCAGAUUAUCGGCGGCGGUGGCGCAGGAAUCAUAUCAUAUGCGUCGCCGGCGUGA